AUGGCCCCCGAAGCGACUGUCCGACACGCCCGGCGGGAGGAUGCCCCUGUGAUCCUGGAGCUCAUCCAGGCGCUGGCCGAUUACGAGAAGGAGCCCGACGCCGUCGAGGCGACCGUCGAGUCCAUCCAGGAGACCAUUGCCUUCGCGCCCUCGGGAGAGAGCUCCGACACCGCGACCGUCCCGCACACCGAACCUACCUCGCCGUCACGGCCCGCGCGCUGCCUGCUCCUCUUCUCGCCCGAGGGCAAGGCCGUCGGCAUGGCGCUGUACUUUUACAACUACAGCACUUGGCGGUCGCGGCCGGGCAUCUACCUCGAGGACCUCUUCGUCCAGCCGUCCGAGCGGGGCCGCGGCUACGGCAAGCGGUUGUUGGUCGAGCUGGCCAAGCAGGUUGUUGCCAUGAAGGGUGCGCGCCUGGAGUGGGUGGUGCUCAAGUGGAACGAGCCGAGCAUCAAGUUCUAUGAGAGCAUCGGAGCCAAGGCGCUCGACGAGUGGGUCGGCAUGCGGGUGGACGGACCCAACCUGGAGAAGCUGGCGCAUCUUUUGGAUUAG